AUGUUUUUGGAGGUCUUUGUGGACCCGUUUGUGUGCUUCUGCGUCGGGUGCAUCGCCGCGCCGCUCAUCGUGGAUCGCGAGCGCCUCGCGUACGCGGACGUCGUUGGGUACUUGACGGAGCCGGCGAUGUUGUUUGCCGCCGCGCUGCUCCUCCUCGUCGUCGCCGAGGCGCGGGUUGCCCGCUGGAGGCGCGGCUCCCCGCCAUUGUCCACCUUCUCCGAGCGGCUGCGGGCCCGCUGGUACCUCCUCAACGGCGUGGUGAUUCACAUCCUCAUGGACGGCCUCGUGGGGGUCUUCAAGGCGAGCACGCUGCUUGCCAGCAGCUACGCGAAGAUUGACAAGCGGUACGGCGCAAGGCUGGGCAGCUUUGAGGGGUCGGCGGUGCACGUCGUUUCCCUCCUGGAGCUGUGCGUGAAGGGGCCGCUCUGCAUCCUGCUGUACAGGGCCUACCAAACCCGCAGCCCCCACCGUGACGCCCUGGAGUUCUUCUCCUGCGUGACGCAGGCGUACGGCACGGUGGUGUACCUUGGACAGGAGCUGAUCAGCGGCAUGCCGCACCUCGACGUCGACCGCGACUUGGAGUUCACGCCGCACUACCUCGUGUACUUUUGGUUUGCCGUCGCCUUUGGCUGUGUUUUGUACCUUAUCGUCCCGUGCUGGUGGGGGUGGGAGGCGUACACGCGCCUCGUGGCGGCGUCUGCAAGGGCCGCCCGCUCCGCUUCCCCGCACACGCAGCCGAAGAAGACGAAGUAG